AUGGAGGGGCUCGAGCCUUUCGACAUCGCUCACCCUGAAGAGUGGGAGGACUAUGCAGAACGCUUCCAGUUCUUCCUCGAGGCGCAGGGCGUUACGGACGCCAGCAAGAAGAGAUCGACAUUCCUCAGCCGCUGCGGUCCCGCCACCUUUCAAUUAGCCAGGGCGCUCGUGGCACCGGCCCAGCUGAAGGAUACACCUUUCGAAACAAUCGUCGCCGUUCUGCGCGACCACCUAGCGCCGAAACCACCGGAGCUUGCCAGACGAUAUGAAUUCCAUCGCCGCGACCAGGCACCAAGUGAGUCUGCCGCCGCCUACCUCGCUGCUCUUCGAACGACGGCACAGCACUGCAACUUCAACGACCUCGACACCGUGCUACGGGACCGAUUCGUGUUCGGACUGCAGAACGACAUGGUGAAGCGGCGACUACUGGCGAAAAAAGAGGUGUCUUUCACCAGUGCUGUCGAGGAAGCAGUCGCCGCCGAGGCCAUUGCCCGGGAAGCCAGCCUACCCUCGUUUCAAACCACGAACACGUCGAGUUUCGAGCCCGUGCACCAAGGGACGACGACUGGCGAUGAUGACGAGCAAGACACCGCCGAAGAUGUUCUUCGGUUACGUGCGAGCCCCACUCAGCGACGGGACACCGAGAGAUUGGGGGGCGGCCCCUGCGCCAGCUGUGGAGGCCCGCACGAACGCCGCCUGUGUCGGUUCCGGGGUGCCCAGUGCAGGGAAUGUGGAAAAACCGGGCACAUUGCUAAGGUCUGCCGGUCCCGGAGACAGCUUAGCCCACGUCGGAAUGCCAGAGACCAUGCCCGGACGCAACAAUUCAAGACCACUCCUCGCACAAACAUUUCAUACUGCGACGACUUGGCAGUUACUGCUAUCAACGAAGUGUCUAAACCCGCCAAGAGGAAGAUACCUGUGAGUGUAAAAAUCGAAGGCACACAGUGUCAGAUGGAGGUGGAUUCGGGAUGA